AUGGGUGGCUUACUGGCAUUAACUGAGCUCUUCCGUUGGGGCUACCCCGUGGGCGCUUACAGGGCAUUCUCGCGGUCACAAUGCGAUUGUGACCGCCAGCGAGCCAGACGCGGGCGGUCACAAUACGGUUGUGACCGCGCGCAUGCGAGUCCCGCUGGGGUCUUCUCGUUCCCUACGUGGUGCAAACUGCGCGCAAAUAAGUUCCUUUACAACGCGAUCGACCAGGGCAUAUUAGCUAAAGACGUCUUCGGCCCCUAUCUUGCAACAAGUGGCUCUGAGCCCAAUUUCGAUCCGUCGAAAUACUCUGGCGACGUAGAGUAUCACGAUAUUGUCCAUUUGACAUAUCUAAAUACUCAAACUUGGGCGUUGCUGAACAUACAGGUUCCGACGGCAGCAUAUGUGAGAUCGCGAUCUACGGGGAUGAGCUCUACUAUGGCGACAACGUUUGGCUGUUUGGGGACAAGUGGGCAUCUCUUCGACCAUUCACAGGAAAUGAUAACUCCGUUGCAGACGAUAAUAGCCGGCAAGCGUCGAUGGAUGCCGUGCAACCUGUAUAGGAUAUCGCCUCGCUAUAGUGCCGGCCACGUAAAGAGCGAGUCCCCUGUCACGCAGCCAACUUGCAGGCGUUUGUCAAUGGAUCGCAACAGCAUCGGAAUGGAAUGCAGCCGAGCUUCGCACCUAUUUACAAUUCGAUAGCGCACGCCUCCUCCUGCUCUUCUCUGACAGCUCUGCUAUUGCUGUGGAACGGGUUGCCUCGCUGAUGCACGGCAUCCUCUCUGCAUGCGGCUUCAAGCGUAAGCGGAUUACUGAGGUGCGAUUCGCUGGUCGUACCCACAGCUGCCUUGUCAGACC